UGGUUCCCGUUGUCAGUCCGUCACCAGCUGCGCUGAGUUUCGUUUCUCGUUUUCCCCCCAGAAGAAGAAGUCGUGUCUGAGAAUAGUGUGAUCGAGCUGAAGCGGCUCCUGUCCAGACCACAGACCCAAUGAGCAUGCAGAACCCAGCUGCUGCGAACCAGAGAACCAUUAUCCCACAGGUCCGGUACCAUCCAUCCAUCCAUCCAUUUUACAUCACGUCUGUUCCUUGUGGGGUCCCGAGAGGUGCCGGUGCACUCCAGCCCUGCACAGGUCGCCAGUCUGUCGCAGAGGUCCGGUACCACCCAUCCAUUACGACUGCAGGAAGUCAAACCUCUGCCAAACCCACCCAGAGGUCCACAGCCGGCGCUGCUCGUCAUCCUCAGGCCAGAACUCAGCCUAAAAUGGUUCCGAACAACCAGGAUUCCAGCAGGAACGGUCCUGCUGUAAGACCCCAUGUGGUGCGAGGAUUACCUGACAAUGAUCCAGAUUCUGCUGGAGACCAAGCCCUAAGCAAACCCGCUCCGAGGUCCAGAACACGUGCUGGUCGUGCCCCUCAGACCAGAACCAAGCCUAAAAAGGCUCUGGAGAACCAGGACUGUAGCAGCACAGGUCCUGCUGCCAGGCCGAAUCUUGAUGGAGGACAAGAACCUGAGAGAGAUUCUGGUUCUGAUGAAGACAGAGCUCCUCCCACGCCAGAUCUGGUGCCGCUGGAUCUGAGGGCUAACCUCAACAAGAAUCUGCUGCAGCAGGUGGAGAUUCUGACCCGUGGACAAAGCACCAACCAGGACUGGUUCGCUUGGAGGAAGAACCGCAUCACGGCUUCGGUGGCUCAUCGCAUCGCUCACUCCAAAUUCGUUAAUGGCAGGAGCAAAGCUCCGCCCGCUUCAUACCUGGCUGCAGUCACAGGUGAGGGGCCCAAAGUCCAGACCAGAGCCAUGAGCUGGGGGAUCAACAUGGAAGCUGAGGUUGUCCGCCGUUAUCAGAGGCUGAAGACGGCGGCGCUGGGUCGACCCGUCUCCGUCCUGGAAUGCGGCCUGUUCAUCGACAGCGAGCGGCCCUGGCUGGCAGCCAGUCCUGACGGCAUCGUGACGGACCGGCGGACCGGCCAAAGGUUGCUCUGCCUGGAGGUCAAAUGUCCUUACAAGCACAGGAACCGCAGCGUGGAGGACGCCUGCAGAGAAGACCCCGCCUUCUGUCUGCAGCUGCAGGACGAGGACCAGCGGAGCCCUGAUGAGCCUCCGGUUUAUGUCCUGAAGACAUCCCACACCUACUUCACUCAGAUCCAGGUGCAGCUGGCGGUCACGGGCCUGCAGCAGGCCGACCUCGUCGUCUUCACCACGAAGGAGACGGCCAUUGUCCCUGUGGAGUUUGAUCCUGAGCUGUGGGCCGAGACGGUGUCCAAGCUGGAGGUGUUCUAUCGGGACGCCGUCCUCCCUCACGUUAGACAGAAAAUGCAGCAGAAUCCAGCAGCAGCAGCAGCAAUGAUGCCAGAACUGUAAAGACACGACGGGCAAAUCAGAACUUUACCAAAGGUGCUCUGUUGGACACGUGCUGAAACUUUUUUCUUGGACUUGUCCUGUCCUCUGAGGACAGAUGGGUUCUGGUGCUGGGUGUAAUAGAGAACAUCUGUUACUAACAGGAACUUUUAGUUUUUUUAAACCUCAGUCAAACUGCCUGUUUAGGUGACUUGUUGUGUUCAGAUGAAACGGGUCAGACUUGGCAGCUGGAAUAGCACAGCCACUCAGAAGAAUCUGAUCUUCUGAGUCCAGUUUGUUCUGAAGAGUAGCAGCUGGGUUUAAUUAAGAGACAAAUCUCUGAGAAGCUUCUGGAUCAGAACCAGCUGUCCCCACUGGAUCGGCUACAAACACUUCCUUUUACAGAUUGAACUUUUUACUGCGGCAGGUCACUUGUUCAGAAAAUUUAUUCAUUUAUCUGAGAUCUGUCUUCUAAUCAAUUAUAAUAUAACUCAUCAGUUGAUCCUCAAUAAACGUCAGUUGGCAGAUUAUCUAUAAACUGGUCAACCAAAGCUGUCAAAA